AUGUCCGAAGAUAUUGAGCAGCAAGUAUUAAAUACGUUACGCAAUUCUCUUAUGUUUGCGCUGCAAGUUGACGAAUCUACAGAUAUAAGUGGAAAAGCACAGCUUUUAGUUUUUGUACGCAUGGUAGUUGAUGACGAUAUUAUUGAAAACUUUUUUUGUUGUAAAACAUUGCCCAAAACAACGAGAGGUGAAGAUGUUUUUAAAGUUUUAGACGAUCAUUUAUCAUCAGUAAAUUUAUCAUGGAACAAAUGUAUUGGAAUAUGCACUGAUGGUACACCUUCAAUGACUGGCUCAAUUAAAGGUUUCAUUUCUUUAGUCAAGAAAAAAAAUUAA